CUUGUUGUCUGUCGGGUCGCGUUCAACAGUCCAAGUAGCCCUCGGAAAAACCGCGAACAACAAUAGCGCGGAAUUUUUCAAAAAAUUGACAUUUAAAAUCAAAAUGGCCGACAGGAGGCACCCGGUUUGCUUAGGCGACGUCUUCGAACCACUUCUUCGACGACCCACCGAAAUCGGAAAAACAAGUAAACUACAUUAAAAUGACCCCCAGGACCAACAAGAGCCGCACAAAAUGGGAAAUUUUACCGAAACCGAUGGAAUAUUCGAGCCCAAUCGCACUACACCGGUCUUCGCUAUCGGACCGGAAUUUAUUCAGCAAUGGAAGGUCCAGAAGCAAAAGGAAAAAAUCUGCAAAACGAUCUACCAAGGCGUCCUGUCGGUCACGAAAUGCACGGAGGCCUUCAACUACAGCUCCUACGACGGCGAAUCUUUUAACUUUUUGGGGUCAGAUGUAGACUGGAUCAAAACGAAUAAGUCUACGAAUGGCUCGACGACACCAAUCGAGCCAUCGAUAUCGCCGGUCUUAGCUCCGUUCGAAUUAUGGCAAACGAUCCUGAUCGCGAUCUGUUUAGGGAUCUGCAUCGUUCUCACCGUUUCCGGGAACAUUUUGGUCCUUUUGGCUUUUAUCGUGGACAGGAACAUACGGCAACCCAGCAAUUAUUUUAUCGCCUCUUUGGCCGCCACCGACAUGCUGAUCGGGACAGUAUCAAUGCCUUUCUUCGCCGUGUACGUCCUAAUGGGGUACUGGGACUUAGGGCCCCUCUUAUGUGACCUUUGGCUCUCCGUUGACUACACAGUAUGUUUGGUUUCUCAGUACACCGUUUUACUUAUAACCAUAGACCGAUUUUGCUCAGUUAAAAUUGCCGCCAAGUAUCGAAGCUGGAGAACCCAGCAGAGAGUCAUUCUGAUGGUAGUAAUAACCUGGAUCAUCCCGGCUUUGCUAUUCUUCAUCAGCAUAUUCGGCUGGGAGCAUUUCAUUGGUUAUCGGGACCUUUUACCCGGAGAAUGUGCGGUUCAGUUCUUGAAAGAACCGGUCUUUAACACUUCCCUUAUAAUAACAUACUUCUGGUCCACCCUUAUUGUGCUUUUCAUACUGUAUGGAGGCAUUUAUAAGACGGCUUUUGACAUGCAAAAGAAGAGCGAGGCAAAGCAGAGAAAAAUGCAAUCGAUGGUGGCCUUAAGUGCUGGGGCCAUGUCAGGUAUGGCAGGGAGGGCUGCCGGUAUCGGCCUCCCAAGCAACAAAUCCUCCCUGGAAAUCCAUCACAAUACGCCUGGGGGUGGAGGCUUAAGUGAUAACAAUAAAAAGCUUGAGAACCUCAUGGAGGAUUCUAAUGACAAUAAUUUCUUAGAAGGCAACACCAAACGACCUAGGAGCCAGGAAGGUCUCAAAGUGAGAGAGAGUUACGGAGUGGGAGGCUCUGGAGACUCGAAUUCUAGUCAGAAGACCACCAGUUCGAACAUAAAUAGUUCUAUGACUAAUACGACCACCACCACCACCGCAACGAUGGAGAAAAAUGUUAAUUUAUCUACAACUAAGAUUUGUUUGCAAGAAGAGAAAUCGGAGAGGAGUUCGAGCCCGGCAUUCGACAGUGACGAGGACAGCACUGCAAAUAAUCCGAAGGAGGAAACGAGACAGAACUUUGGUGGUCGUUUACAGAAAGAAGACAAGUAUAAGAGUCAUAGGAAAAGCAUCGUGGACAUUGUUCUUCAGACCAGUAAUAUGCAAAUCUUCGGUGCCUCCCCGCAAAAAAUCAACGGCGGACUUCAAAGCAAGCCAAAAAACCCCCUACCAGAACCGGAAAAACUGUCUCCGAGAGCCUCAGUGACGCCCCGAAAACCCCUUGAGCCCCCCAAACCGCUGGUAAGGCCCAACAAACUCACCCUCCUACCAACCUCGUACAGUUCGAUAGAAAUAGGCCAUAAACCCAUCGUAGAAAACCCUUGUACAAAAAAAGUUCAUAGCACGUACGACCUAAUAACCGGCAUGGAUACGAUGGACUUGCGUUAUAUGGAUGAGAGUAGUAUAGUAGUUCCCUCCCCGGAUACGGAAACUGUUAACCCUGUCAGUCCCAAACGGAACUCAGUGCAUUUAGACCACGAUUUACAGAGUGUAGAACAACAACAAAAGUCCUUACAAACGGAAGUGACCUUAUUGAGCUCAAAUCGACCGGUCACCUCCGUGGUGAAGACUGAAUCGUUCAGAGAUGGCAGCACCAAGGGGUCGUUCAGGGGUGACAGCGGGAUGAGUUCGCCCUGCGAGGGCGUCUCGGCCAUCUCGCAAACAGGUAAUGCCGCCUGCACCCUCAUGACCUCCGCCACCGCGCCACAUAAGUUCAAUAAAUUUCUCUCAAUCUCUAAUCCUAAAUCAGAUACGGACCCGACGACGACGACGCCGGACACGACGGCCGCGUCCCGACGCGUCUUCGUCAAGUCCCUGGGCCGGAAGUUGAAAGGGAAAAAGAAGAAUCUGCCGGGUCCGUUCGGGACGUUCGGGAUCCGGCAGAAGUCGAAGAGCGAGAACAGGGCGAGAAAAGCGUUAAGGACGAUCUCGUUCAUUUUGGGGGCGUUCGUCGUCUGUUGGACGCCGUAUCACAUUUUCGCACUGGUCGAGGGCUUUUGUACCGAUCCGCCCUGUAUAAACUCGCACGUUUACAUGUUCUCCUACUUUUUGUGUUACACGAACAGUCCGCUGAAUCCGUUCUGUUACGCGUUGGCCAAUCAACAGUUCAAGAAAACGUUUACGAGGAUUUUAAAGGGCGAUUUACAUUUGACGUAAUUUUUUCACGCUUCUCACGGCGAAAAACGUGGUCAAACGGUUAGGUUAGCUUAUUGACGUUUUAGCAUAGAUCUCGCCUUGUGACAAACAAGUUUUUUUGAAUAGUCUUGGAAUAGUAAAAGCCUCAUUUUUCCAGUGGUCCUAAAAGGCAGUAAAUAAAAAUGAUCUGAUUACACUUCGAAAAUGGUACAAUUGUUACUUGACAAUGUCGUGAUAGUAAAAGUCUUGUAUUUUGAUAAGUGACUAAGCCGAAAUCAUUUAUCAAGUUACAAGAUAGUAAGCCCUGCCAACUGGUAUGCAGUUUCUUUUUUUAAAAAAAUAUUUCUGUACUGGUAUUUCUUGUAAUAAAAAAUAUUUUUGAAUUCUUUAUUUUUUAUUUUAGAGCAUAUUUGGUCCCUUGGUAAUUUUUCGAUCGAUGCUCGGUUUUCGCAUAAAAAAAUAAAAAUUAUUAUUGGAUAGCCAUAUAACGCUUAAAUCUGAUUAUCUUAAUCAAGUAUAAUACUUUUUUAUCUCUGUUUUUAACAUUUUCUCUCAAAACAUUCGAAUUCACUCCUCAAAUACAUGUAUUAGAUUUAUCGAAAAAUAAGAUUUUUUCUUUCAAUUCUACCAUCCGAUAGUGUAAAAUCUAAAACGUAUAUGUUCAUAGAAACUCUUUUGCUUGAUGUCGUCCAAGGAAUACACCCCUGAAUUUUAUUGAAGUAUUAAAAAAACACCCUGUAUAAUGAUUACGGUUGUAUAAAAAUUAAACAAAUGUCAAUUGGUCAAUCAAUUCUUUACUGUUUAAAUUGGCACUUAAGGUCAUAUCUGAAAGACAUAUCGUUCAAUUAAAAUCUCUUCAGAUUGUAUUGAUUUUCCCAGGUUAAGAGCGCACAAUCACUCGGUAUAAACUUAAUUAAAUAUUCGUACAGGGUGGUCCUCUAAGAAUUACGUCAUUUCUGUAAAAUUAUUGGGGAGUCAGGGAAUCCCGUGUAUUUUAUUACAUUUUUGGAUUUUAAGUAUAAUGUUGACGAGAUCCAAUGAGAUACUUCUCAAUUAAAAUUAGUGAAAAGUACAAGCUUAGAACAUUGAAAGCCUUUCAAUGUUCUAAGGGGUUAACAUAAUAUUCUUGUAGGACCACUAUAUGACGGUGACAAGGUGCUUUAUAUAAUAAAAAUAAAAAAAGACGUAAUUACUCAUUGUAAAUAUACUAUUUGUGAUCGGCAUUUUUACCCCAAUCAGUAGAAUUUUAACGCGCAAUUUAAAUAAACGGUUAAACGAUUGAUUUACUCGUAAAACCGAUUAAUCACUUAGCUUAAAAUUAAAUGUAAUUUAGGUUAAGGACAAUUGACGUCUUGCACGGAUUUUGAUUAAUUUAUUUUAAAAUUUACUGCAAGGUGUUCAAUUGAUAUCAAUAAAGACAAUAAUAUUUAUUAGGCACAAUUAUUCCGAAUUAUAAAUGUCUAUUAAAAUGGCCAUCAUGUACAGGGUGACCCUUGAGUUGAGACACCCUGUAUAUGAUGAGAAUACUCUGUAAAUUAGUAAUAAUUAUAUAUAUAUAUAUAGAACACUUGAUAUUGUAUAGAAAUAUUAAGCAAAACGGAUAAUAAAAAUGUGUAUUUAGGUUAACCGGAAGUAGGUUUCGCUCAUUUGAUUCGUCAUCUUUGGACGUUUUGUAAACCAUGCCCAAUUAAAAAAACUGACGAAUCAAAAGUUUAAAAUACUCAAAAAUGGUCUUUUAGUAAACGUAAGUUGUUAGAAAGAUGUCAAUAAUAUAUAUUGUAGUAGAGAAAGACGAAAGAAAGAUGUUAAAACGCUAUAUUUUGAGCCCGAUGUAGUAUUUUAGCGUCGAUAUGUUAGUUGUAACGAGGAAAAAUAAAUAAUUUUUGUUAUA